AUGCAAUCAAUUAACAGUAUUUACUUCAAAAAUUAUCUUAUUUUUAUUUAUCUAUUCCAGUUAAGUAACAACGUAUUUGGCACAAUAUCAGAACCAUUUAGUUCUUUCAUCCGAGAAAAUUUCGGAAAUGAAGCAGAGAAAUUAUUAGCAAGAAGAGAUUUAGGCCCAGGAGGAAGUUUUGGAGGUGGAGAAAUAAGGCUAGAACGCAGCAGUAAUUUUGAUAUAGACAAAUUAUUUAAAAAGUCUAGAAUACAUCAUAGACCUGUUAUUUUAGUCCACGGAUUAAGUACAAUAGCUGGUGAAUACGAAAAUAUAAGACAAUAUUUUUUGUUUAACGGAUAUAGUGAUAAUGAAGUUUUUGGAACCAGUUAUUCAUUUGGAAAGCUACAUUGGACAAAAGAUUCAAUGGAGUGUAAACAUGUAAAAUUGAUAAGGCUAAUGCUUCAAGCAGUGACGACCUAUUCAAAUUCACAGGUUGAUGUUAUUGGAUAUAGUAUGGGGAGUCCAAUUGCAAGAAAAGCAAUACUCGGUGGCCGUUGUGUUGAUACAGAAGAGGAAUUAGGCCCUCCUCUUACUCAUUUAGUUCAUUCAUUUCUUGGAGUAGCUGGUGCUAACAGAGAUGCUGUUUAUCUUUGUAAAUUACUUCAAUAUAGUUAUAAACAUGGAUAUGGACCUUGCAAUAAUGUGACUGGAAUAAGAUGUCAUUCUCGUUUUCUUGAUGAUUUAAAUGGAGAAAAUAGAUUUGAGGCAAGUAAAAGAAUUUAUACAAUUUAUUCUGAAACUGAUGAAAUUGUUGGAUUUAAAGAUUGUGAUGGAAAAUAUGUAAGCGAAAUUAAAGGCCAAGACCAUACUUUGAAGGUGAGAGAUAGAAAUAAGAAAAAUAUAGUUUUAAAUACAUAUAAAUAA